AUGGAACAAGGUAAGCCCGUGUCCGCAAAUUCGACUGCCACAGCAGCAUUGGAAGCCUUGCAGAAGGCCCGGACAGAAAAAGAAGCGCAGGGUGUCAUUUCCGGCAAUGAUAUCACCUCGCUCAACAAAUUCCUGCAAUGGAGUACAGCGAACACUACGAAACCGGAGCAGGCUUCAUCAGGCGACAAAGCGACUGAGAAAACCGAAGAGCAACUUGCCGCCGAUCGCGAAUGGCUCGACGCAGCUUUCCCUGAUAUGUUUGCCGAUGUCAAACGUGUCUUCGCCAAGCUCACGAAGGAGAAAAUCCGCCCAUCACAGAGGAAAAGACCGAGGCAGUAG